AUGGCCGCUUACCUUGAGGAGGUGCGCAGGCUCAAGAAGCGCUUCCUCAGCAUGAAACUCCAGCAUGUCCCUCACAGCUACAACAAGGAAGCAGAUGACAUCGCCAAGCAGGCAUCCCAUCACGAGCCCCAAAGCCCUGUCGUCUUCGAGGAGAGGCUCCUGAGGCCAUCAGUGGCUCCACCUGCCGUCGGCACCAUGGUCGCGAGGCUCAGAGCUUACCUUGAAAGCGGCACCCUCCCGGAGGAUGACAUAGAAGCAGAGUGGUUGGCCCGCCGGGCUGAGCCUUACUAUCUAAGGGAUGGCGAUCUCUACCGCAAACGCCCCAAUGGAGAGGCACUACGAUGCAUCUCGGUGGAGCAAGGGUGCGAGCUGCUCGCCGAUAUACAUGGUGGAGACUGUAGCCAUCGCUACUCAUCGCGCACUCUCGCCGGCAAGGUAUUACGUAGUCGUUUCUACUGGCCCACAGUGCUUCAAGACACCACUGAGUUGAUCCUGCCCUACGAGGUCUGCCAGUUCCAUGCCAAGCAGAUCCACCAGCCGACGGAAGGGCUCUAG